AUGAAUCACUCGACUCCGAUUCAAAUUUUCCAAAGAAUUGAAAAACAAUUCAUUUUAAAACAAGAUCGAUUUCGUGUCAUCUUUUUUCCAAUGCUCUGCACACCAGAGGCAAGUGUAGCUGUGGAUGAUUUGAAUCGAUUGGAAGGAUUUAUUUUUCUAAAACAAGCAUCGUUGGAUGCUUUCAAGGAAAUGCCAACUGGAUGUCAAUUUUGUGCUGCCUUUCUCAAUGACAAGUUCACAUUUGAACAUCAAGAUUCAAAGUUGUCAUCCGUAACUAUCAGUAGUGCAAGUUUGAAGCAACAUCAACAAGGAAAAUUGACAAAUCAGGAAAUUAUUUCACUCAUCAAAAUGCCAGUCAAAUCUUUUGGAUAUUUCGAAAUGGAAAAAGGAGCAAAUAACUAA